GUUAACAAUCUGAACUGUGAAUGUAUAAAAAUUACAAUAAAUUUAAAGUUGAACAAAAGAUGUUAUAAUCUCGUUAACCUAAAAUCAAAACUUUAAGAUGAAGGAUGUAAAAUGCGUUGUUGUCGGUGAUGGCAAUGUUGGGAAAUCGUGCUUAUUGAUGUGUUAUUCUACUAAUACUUUCAACGACGAUCAUAUUCCAACAAUAUAUGAUAAUUAUAAAGCAACUGCAAUAGUGAAUGACAUUCCUGUACAGUUAGGAUUAUGGGAUACCGCAGGUCAAGAAGAUUACGAUCGAAUCCGUCCAUUAUCAUAUCCACAAACGGAUGUAUUCCUUGCAUGUUUUUCAAUAGUCUCUCGCUCAAGUUUUGUGAACAUAUGUCACCAAUGGAUUCCUGAAAUCAGAUACCACUGUCCAAGAACGCCAAUCCUUUUAAUUGGUACAAAACUAGACAUUCGAAAAGACAAAGGACCAGGAAAUUCAAAACAUAUUGAGAAAAACAGUCAUCCUGUAUCAUUCAGUGAAGGACAUUCUUUAGCAAACCAAAUAGAUGCUAUAAAAUAUUUAGAAUGUUCUGCAAAGACCCAGGAAGGAAUAAAAGAGGUGUUUGAGGAAGCUAUAAGGGCUGUGUUAUUUCCAUCUAAGCGCGAACCAAAACACAGAUCAUGCAUUUUAUUGUAAAAAGUGAUGAGAAUAAUAUAAUAAUUAUGUUUUAAUUGUAUGCAGUUAUCAAGUACCAAUAGAAGAUAAUUAUACCUGAUUACAGAAAAAAUAAAACAAGAUUAUACAAAUAUA